CAAACCGAAAAGUAUUUCUGAAUUUCAUUUGCAAAGUUCUCAAUUUAAACGGUGAAAAAUGGAGGAGCUCGGUGAAACAAUUGCAUUAAAUGGAUUGAAAGAUGACAUACACAAGAUUGAGCAAUUCAAAGAAGCAUUCAAAUGGAAUGACGUAGAUAAAUUUCGUCAAAUCUUAACUGGUACUGGCGGGUCAGAUCGUGUAAACUUUUUGCAAAAUUCCGAUCCGUAUACACACAAAUCGAUAUUUGAAUCGAUCUGUUCAACACCUGACCGACAUACAUUUAUUCUGGAAUGCAUUUCAGCCGGAUGUGACACUAACAAACAAAACCAAAAAUGCGGCAAAGGACCAUUGGGUUUUGCGGUUGAAGCGAUUUCUAGCAACAAUUUGGAAGCAUUGCUGAGUGACACGAGUGUGGGUGUGGAUACCAAACAUUCAUUUCAAUUCCCUUUUACAUCAGUCAACUAUUUAGUGGAGCUUAUUUCCGAUAAGAGUUUCAACGAGAUUUAUCCAUGUAUUGAGUUGUUGGUGAAGCACUGCGCUGAUGUGAAUCUACCGGCAGAAAAUGGCAGGACUCCAAUUGAGAAUAUUCUGGAAAAUUCACGUCUAGGAGUGGAAAAGAAGACGAGACUGAUGCAGUGUUUUCUCAGCGAGGCCAAAUACGUUGACAUUACCCGAGUGUACACUAGACUGAUCAAACUGUUGCCGGAUUUAGAAUUAUCGCUAACCCACACUCAAAUUGAUCAAGAUUGGAAUGCAGAUCGCUUCGUUGAGUACUUGACCAAAGAAAAUGAAUUGAAAUUCAUUGCUACGGACAGCCCAACUCGACUAACUGAACUCUUCACGAUCGUUCACAGUGACACAACCCUUUUGACAUUAGCCAUUGAAAAUGCGUGGACAUUCUCAGUCGAAAAAGUUAUUCGACUGGGCGUCGAUCUGAACAUCAAAGCUGGACACUUCACUCCUAUCGAGCAUGCCAUCAAUGUCGGUCAUUGGGAAAUUUUGCAGCUCUUUUUGAGUUCAUCGAAAUUAGAUUUGAAUGGCGCGCAGACACUUCUCCCCAUAGCCGCACAAUACACUGAGCGACCAGCAAAUGAUCAUAAAAAUUACGUAAAAUGUUUUGACUUACUGCUCAAUCAUUCGAAAAUUGAUGUGAACGCAGCCGAUGCAUUCGGUUGCACUGCACUUCAUUAUGCCAUCCGAAACGAUGAUUCAAGGAUCGUUGCCAAUUUGCUGAAACGAGGAGCCUAUAUCGGGGUCAGAGACUCGUCGAAAAAGCCGUUGAUUUCGAAAAUCGAUCCACAAUUACUCGAAAAGCAUUUCAACAGCUGUAUCACCACCACUAGCAAACAUUUCGAUCGAAACGAUUACGAGCUGGUUUUUAAUUUUUCAAACUUUAUUCCAUCUCAAUCGAAACGUCAAAAAGGUCGAUGCAGUUUCCGAAAACGUAUCUACGAAACGAAAGUCUUGAAAAACAUUUCUGAAUGCGAGGAAACGAAACAUUUGGUUCGUCAUCCAUUAAUCGAAGGUCUUCUGCACUGGAAACUGAAUGGUUUUAAUGUGAUUUUAUUCGCCAAUUUGUUACUGUUCGCACUUUUUGCGGUUAAUACCGUUUGGACUAUUUAUUGGUUCAACCAUGCCCAUCAAAAUGGCAAAUUUAAGAAAUGCGAAAUGCCACGCAGAGACAAAGUACUCUUUGAAAAUAUAUACUGGGUAUGUUCCGAGGAGUCAGCUUAUCACACUUAUUACAUGUCGUAUUCCUUUCUCAUGCUUUCGAUUUUGUUCGCUCGCGAAGUGACCCAAUUCAUAUUUUCGCCGUUGUCGUACUUGAAAAGUCUUGAUAAUUAUUUGGAAUUAGCCUUAAUCUUCUGUUCUUUUGUAACUAUCGGUAUGCAGCAUGCAAUUAUUGAAUUCCAUGACCGGGAUGCGUUUGACGACGAGGGGAGAAUGCUUAUAAUGACAGUCUACAAAACUUUAGCAGUUGCUUCAAUUUUUCUGAUCACCUACGAAAUGUUUUGCUUGCUUGGCACAGUUCCGUUUUGGUCAUUCUCCACUCAUUAUGUCAUGUUGAAAACGGUCGUCAAAAAUUUCUUCAAAUGCUUGUUGAUGUAUGCCAUCAUAAUAGUGGCGUUUGCCUUUACGUUUUACAUUUUAUUCAAUGAUCCAACAAAUUCAACAAAUCCUUCCACUAUUGCAACCACUCCGAAUUCUUCCACAUUUGUAACUACUUCGAAUUCCACGGAAAAGAAGCUUAACCAUUUCAGCAGUGUUGGUAUGUCGUUGUUCAAAGUUUCGACAAUGGCGAUUGGCGAAAUCGAUGCUGGUGGCAUAGAUUUCAAAGGCAAUGCAAUAAGUUAUGUGGUUUUCGCUGGCUUCAUUUUGUUGAUUACCACUGUUCUCUCAAAUUUAUUGAAUGGCUUAGCGGUGAGUGACACUACAGCAAUCAUGGCAGAAGCCAAGCAAACUGAACUUAUUCAACGGUGCGCAGCUUUGUCUCGUUUUGAAGAUGGACUGUUCAAUAUUGCAAAUCGCAUUGGUCUCACUAAACUCAAAUCGAAUGUCAUUCGAGUGCGGCCAAAUCAGAAAAACAGAAUUGUUGGUGAGAAUCAAAAGAAAUGUUGUGGGUCUGCUCGAAUGAGUGAGAGUAUUGUGACAGAAGCAUUUAAGGUGCUGAAACGGGUUGAACUGGAAGAGAAAGAAGAAAUUGAAAAAGAACGAAUUGAGAGACGAUUUUCGAACAUCGAACAAUCAAUUAACUCAAUAGAAAGUUUGGUUAAAUCGAAUGAAAAACUACUUGAAAAAGUGCUUAAACAGAGAUUAAACUAAAAAACAUGAUGAUCGGCCAAUUAAGAACCCCUUGUAUUAUCUCUCUCACGCACAGAGUCAUACUCGAUUUUCUCUUUCAGUGCUCGUAAUUGGGUUGGGGUUCGUAAUUGGUCGAUCUAUCCUCUGAGAAAUCAGUCAAAAACCCUAAAAAACCGCUAUCCUUCUAGGAUUCUUUUUGGCUCAUUUCAGUUAUUUUGUUAGUUUUUUUGUACUUUUCAUGUUUGACGCACGUCUUUCGACG